CGUCCAGGCGAAGGUCGUUUGGGUAGAUCAAUACGUGUCCGUUCAAAUUUCUUUGAAGUAUUAUCAAUCCCUGAACAAAAUAUUAUUCACUAUGAUAUCACCAUCACUCCCGACGUACCACCUGCUUUAAAUCGAAGGAUUUUUGAUGUAUUUGAAAGAGAGAAUUUGAUUUCUGCUCUUAACAGCAUUCGACGUAAAAACGUUUUUGCUCCUCGAUUUUUACCAUUUGGUGACGCGGCUACAUUUGAAAUAACAUUACCAGAAGAUGACGGUACCACAUCCACUAGACGAGCUCCCAGAGCUUUCAGGAUCAAGAUGAAGAAAGCCGGUGAAAUCGUUAUGAGUGAACUACAUCAAUUCCUCGACGGUCAAGGCAUACUCACUCCAAACUGUUUGGGUGCAAUCAUGGUUCUCGACGUGCUUAUCCGACAUCUUCCAUCGAUGAAAAAUAUUACCGUUGGUCGUUCGUUUUUUACAAAGCAAGGGGCUACUGCUCUGUCCGGAGGUGUCGAAGUUUGGCAAGGCUAUUAUCAAUCUGCUCGCCCCGCGAAAGGGAAAAUGUUGAUUAACGUUGAUUUGAGCGCGACCGCCUUCUAUGAAGCAGGUUCCUUGGUAACAAUGGUUGUCAAGAUAUUAGGACGCCGUUCCGUUGACGACCUCCACAGAGGAAUAUCAGAUAAAGAUCGCCUUAAAUUAGAAAAAGCUUUAAAGAAUUUAAAGAUUAGAGUCAUUCAUCGAGGCGAAGAGAAAUCUAAACGUCGUUUUAAGAUCAAUAAGAUCACUCUCACACCCUCGAAUCAGACCAGAUUCGAUAUGGGCGAUGGUCAAACUGUGGAUGUCGCAACUUACUUUUUUAAAACUUACAACCAUAGAUUGACUUAUCCUCAUCUUCCAUGCAUUGUUGUGAAAAAAGACGUUUUUCUCCCUGUGGAAGUUUGUGAAGUCAUUGAAGGGCAACGUUAUAUUCGCAAACUCAAUGAAAAACAGACUGCCGAUAUGAUUAGAUUUACUUGUUCACCACCUCAUAUGCGCGCUAAUAGAAUUAAACAAGGUGUCGAUAUUCUAAACUAUCGCGGUAACGAAUAUCUCCAACAAUUUGGCGUAACCGUUUCCAAUGAUAUGAUUGUGGCACCUGCACGUGUCAUCCCUACACCCACGCUUCAAUAUCAUCCUUCUUCUCGUGAAGCGUCAGUUGUUCCACGUGAAGGUUCUUGGAAUUUAAAAGACAAGAAAGUUGCUCAAGGUGCUACGCUUGGUUCUUGGUCGGUAAUCACCUUCGGAUCUGAUCACGAAUUCCCUAUUCAAUCGGUUCAAGCAUUUUUACGUGAACUAAUACUCACAUGUCAAGAUAAUGGAAUGGUGUGUGACGUUGAAUCCGCUCUUAAAACGGCAUGGCUCCGUGCUGGUAACGCGGCUAAGGCACAACCACAGCUUAUUGUAUGUAUUCUUCCAAAUACCGGAGUCCCUCUGUAUGCAGAGAUAAAGCGCGUUACCGAUACCGUCAUUGGAAUUGCCAGUCAAUGUAUACAAAGUCGACAUAUGUUACAGGCUAAGAAGCAGUAUUGCGCGAAUGUUUGUCUCAAAAUUAAUGUAAAGCUCGGUGGAAUGAACGUUUUUAUCAGCCCUACACAAAUUCCUUUUAUUACCGACAAACCAACAAUUCUUAUGGGCGCUGAUAUCUCUCAUCCUUCUCCCGGUGAAUCUGCCCGUCCGUCUAUUGCUGCUAUUUGCGCAUCCUUGGACGCUAAAGCUUCUCGUUACUCUGCAGCAAUUCGUGUUCAGACGGGACGCACUGAAAUAAUAGCCGAUUUAGCAAAUAUGGUUAAAGACCUGUUAAGAAACUUUUAUCAGACAUGUGGUAGAAAACCGGAAAGAAUUCUCUUUUAUCGAGAUGGUGUUUCUGAAGGACAAUUCGCUCAGGUUCUCGACGGAGAGAUCAAUGCAGUCAGAGCUGCAUGUGCCUCACUUAAUGAAUCAUAUAAACCAACUAUUACUUUCGUUAUUGUCCAAAAGCGUCAUCAUACUCGUCUCUUUCCCAUGGACAAAAAAGACGCAGAUAGAACUGGCAAUUGCCUUCCUGGCACAGUGGUUGAAUCAGUGAUCACACAUCCAUUCGAAUUCGAUUUUUAUUUGCAAAGUCACGCGGGAUUGCAAGGAACUUCACGUCCAACACACUAUCACGUCUUGUAUGAUGAAAAUAGAUUCACCACUGACGGUCUUCAGGCGUUAUCUUAUAACUUGUGCUACAUCUACGCACGUUGCACUAAAGCCGUAUCUUUAGUUCCACCAGUCUAUUAUGCGCAUAUUGUUUGCAGACGCGCAAGAUUCCAUUCCCGUGGAGAGCUAUGGAGCGAUACUGAAUCUGUGGAAGAAACUCCAGGACAAGUAUCUACUUUUGGUGUUGUAAAACCUGAAUUGGUUAGA